UUCAUGGCUCAGCAAUUUGGAUUAUACCUUGGAACAUGUGUUAUCUACUUCUGUUGGGAAUUCAGUGUUCAUUUGCUUCAGGUUUUGCACACAAGGAGAUGUGUUUUUGCUCCUUCUCAAGGUUCAGCUGCAGCAGAAACAAACCCUAGUGAAACCCUUAUUGCUGCAUUGGAGCAAAGUAUUCCAAGAUCUUUCGGCCACUAUUUAGCCUAUCUUGAUCUGUGCAUGGUUUCUGAGAGUAAUGUCGAUUCUUGGCGCCGAGCGGCUUUCUUUGAAGAGACUGGUGAUACAUACAAGAGGGUUAUAGCUGUUUGCUUGAGGCCUUUGGAGCAAUUUGCAUCGAGGUUGAGCGAAGGGUUAGAAGGUCAUUCUUCUGACAAGACAGAUAUCUUCUCCCAACAAUUGGCCUCGCCAACAAAUGGCGACAUGGGCUCAAAGAUCAGUGAAGCAUUCAAUGACUUUCAGGUGACAUUUUGCUUUUCUUAUUCAUUUCCGCAAGUAAAUUCCUAUGACUACAUUGAAUAUGUUUGGGUUUAUGGCUAUGGCAAGAUACAGAUUAUUGGCCUGUCUUGAGUCAUUUGCAUUUUCUAUGAAUUGAGGACCUUUUACUUGUCUUUCAUAUUAUUAAUGUUGUUCAUAUUUCUGAAGCUAAAGUUUGUGGGACUGAUGGGAUUGCUAACUUCGGUGUAAAUGUCCACAUAAAUAGGAUGCCUUUG